CGAAUCGUGAAUAAAGUAGUCAGAGUGAUCUCUGGUGAUGUAGCCUCACCAGCAAAAAGGCAAUCAAGAAUCAUCGACCGCUCUGAAUCUCUCUCUUUGAUUUACACCGCACCACCCUGUCCGUGUCUUUUGCUAGCUUCUUCGACAGCCGUGCGCUGACCCCCCGGUGUUGCACUACAGACUUGUCUCGUGAGCAGAGGCUGCAUCGCAAUCAAGGAUCAAGAGCAAGUCACCUUCUUGCCUGCCAACAACACGGCAAGCAUGGCGCUCGAGACAGCUCCAAGCUCUGCCAUUCAAGGCGCAUCCUCAUCGUCAACCACGGCUCUCAAGACUUUUGAUAUUCUCAACGAUGUGAUCACAUUGGAUGCUACAGAUUCGGUCUUUGCGUACGAUGCGGACGAGCAGAGAAGGAUAUUGAACGAGAGCCCUUGGAAGAAGGACCCACACUUCUUCCAGAGGGUGCGCAUCUCUGCUGUAGCGUUGAUCAAGAUGGUAAUGCAUGCGCGCUCGGGUGGGAUAUUCGAAGUGAUGGGAUUGAUGCGUGGAAAGGUGGAUCCAGUCACUAGAACGCUGGUGAUCAUGGAUGCAUUUGCCCUACCCGUGCAAGGAACAGAAACCAGAGUCAAUGCUCAGAAUGAAGCGUACGAGUACAUGGUCGAGUUCCUAGAGAGCAGCAAGGCGGUCGGGCAAAUGGAAAACAUCAUUGGGUGGUAUCACUCCCACCCUGGGUAUGGCUGUUGGCUUUCCGGCAUCGACGUCGCCACCCAGAUGACCAAUCAGCAAUUUCAAGAUCCAUUCGUGGCGGUAGUGAUCGAUCCGAACCGUACCAUCUCCGCCGGCAAAGUGGACAUUGGAGCAUUCCGAACGUACCCGGAAGGGUACAAACCACCCUCAGCAGGUCCGUCCGAAUAUCAAUCCAUUCCACUGUCCAAGAUCGAAGAUUUCGGAGUUCAUGCCAACAGCUAUUAUCCCUUGACGAUCGAGCACUUCAAAAGCAGUCUAGACACCUCCCUGCUGGACCUGUUGUGGAACAAAUACUGGGCGUCCACGCUAAGUCAAAGUCCAUUGGUGGUCAAUCGAUCGUACGCUACGGGUCAAAUCAAGGAUUUGUCGGAUAAAUUGAGCAAAGCUUAUCCCAGCGUCAGACAGAGAAGCUCGGCUAUAGCUCCUUUGAGCAAGGAAGAUCUGGAAGCAGACGACGAGCAAGGACCGCAUGCUCUUUCUUCCGCGUCCAACGAAGGAUCUAAUGCGGUAACGCAAGGGGCGAACGCGAAGCACAGGGACGUCAAGUUGACGCCUCAAAGACUUGCCAAGUGGCAGGAAGAGAUUGGCAAACGUGAAGAGGAGACACCGCUGGCCAGAGCUGCUAGAGACGCAAUCAGAAUUUCGGACGAAGCCUCCCACGGAAUCUUGGCGCAGAACCUCAAACAUACGCUAUUCAAUCUGGCUGGAGAUCGAGGCCAAGGAGCGUCGAGGAAAGGGCAAGAACAGAUCAAUGUUGCGUCUUAGAGAGACGAUGCCUGGUUGCCUGCGAGGUGGAGCUGGCUGCCUGCGAGGUAGAGCUGGCUGAGGGUGCCCUACGCAAUCAGUGGAUCCUCCAAAACUUCAAACUCAAAAGGCGCGGUGUAGUCUACUGAGACGAAGUCAUUCGAGAGGAGUUGCCUCGUUUUUCACACUCAAGACGAUGAUCUCAAGACCUAAUGAUUGCACGUUCUGAGUGCAUGGUGUUGGUCGAGGAGAUCUGGCUGAUCCGUUCGAGAAUUUGAUCUGAUGUUCAAGCUGGAAUCGGCAAGCCCCUCAUCCGAAAGGACUGGUCAAGCUGGCGUGGGAUGUUUAGUACAAGGCGCAUGAUAUCCUGAUGGAUUCAUGGACAC